GUGGCUUAAUAAUGCCACGAGCCCCUAAGAGCAGGGUGUGUUUAUGUUCAUAAGGACUACUUUAUUGUUGCUUUUUAGUGUUCUUUUAUUUCAAAGCAGCGUGACGUUAUUUUGAACAUGUGACAAAUCAAGAAACAAGUUUAAUAUAAUAAAAAAACAUCGCUCGUCGCUCCAUCAGACGGACUGCCCCAGUUUUCCUGCUAAGUGUCCAGUGGAGCCCAUGAAGAAGAGACGUUGUGCAGGAAUGAGGCCAGAACGAGGGCUCCAGAUUUCAUACAUGCUGAUUGUUUUUUAGAGAUGCUGCAGAGCCAUGGUCCUCCGGACGUCUCCCUUCCCUAAUGGGUGUGUUGCAGGCAUCCAUGCUGUCGGGUGGGCCUUCAUCUUGCCCUGCUUCUGGUUUCUUGAUCGCCUCAUUUCUGUGUGCAAGUCCACCACCCUAGAACAAAGCCAGCGGGUGGAGCAGGAAUGCUAUAUCCAGCCACUCAGAGUCUUCUUUGGCUCCAUACUCUUCUUCAUUCUUUUUCUUGCUACGGCCCCUUUGGCUCUCUUGGGCUUUCUGCUCUGGGCGCCACUCCAGGCCUGCCGAAGGCCGUUUCAUUACCACAGAGAGGCGCCAUCCUCACCUGAGGACGAAAUAAACAGAGGAUUUCAGCAUAUAGGAAAGGCAUCAUUUGGCUUUGCCACAGCCAACCUGUGUCUGUUGCCUGACAGUCUGGCUCGCUUUAACAAUCUGGGCCACACACAGAGACGGGCAUCUGCCAUCGGUCAGUGCAUCGUGCAGGGUGUGUGUCGACCCCAUAUCCGCAUCUUCGUCGACUCCCCGAGCAGCUGUGGUACUCUAAGCCCCUCCAACAGCAUCCUCCCCGCCGCCAACUCAGUUACAUACGGUGCUACCGACUCCGCUGAAAGACACGAUUCUAUCUCAAACUCCAGCGGUCAUGUGGUUAUUGUGCCCUGUGAUGAUACAGAAGAGCCUUUGACUGAGACCCCUCCCCUCAAUUCCAACCAGAACUCAAACCAACAGGGGCAGUCUGGACAUCGCCGUGCCCCCAGGGCUUUGUUCUCUCAGGGUCUCCGCAUUCAGGGUGAUGUACCUUGGGAGGUGUCAUCGUUGUUUCCAUCCAAUGUAGAUAUUCUGUGCCUAGAGGAGGUGUUUGAUAAGAGGGCUGCACGGAAGCUCACCAAUCUACUAAAGCCUGUGUUCGGACACAUACUGUACGACGUUGGUGUGUACGCCUGCUAUCCUCCGUGCAGAUGUUCUUCCUUCAAGUUCUUCAAUAGUGGCCUCUUCAUGGCCAGCCGGUUCCCUGUGCUCGAGGCCCAGUACCGCUGCUUUCCCAAUGGCCGUGGGGAAGACGCACUUGCUGCCAAGGGCCUCCUUUCUGCUAAGGUGCUAAUUGGGGAGCAGAAACAGAAUAAAGUGGUUGGAUACUUUAACUGCACACAUCUUCAUGCACCAGAAGGCGAAGGCCAAAUUCGCUGUGAACAGCUGGACUUGGUCACAAAGUGGAUUGGUGAUUUUCAAGCGGCCAACAAACAGCCUGAUGAAGAUGUUGUUUUUGAUGUGCUCUGUGGUGAUUUCAACUUUGAUAACUGCUCGCCUGAUGAUUCUCUGGAACAGAAUCAUUGCCUGUUUAACGAAUACAGGGACCCUUGUAGGGCAGGGCCUGGAAAAGAGAAGCCCUGGGUUGUUGGUACUCUGCUGGAGCAGCCCACAUUGUAUGAAGAUUAUGUAAACACCCCAGAAAAUCUGCAAAGAACUUUGGAAAUAGAGGAGCUGAGAAGGCAGUUCAUUUCCCCUCCUGUUCCUGCAGCGGGCUGUCCUUUGGUUUACCCUGAGACUGGCCAGCCGUGGAUUGGACGUCGGAUUGAUUACAUCCUCUACCGCGAGAGCUCAAUUUCCAAGCACUGCCAAACAGACAUUGAAGAAGUGACAUUUAUAACCCAGCUGGCUGGCCUUACAGACCACAUUCCUGUUGGCUUGAGGCUGAAUGUAACUAUGGAUUCUGACCCCGCUGAGGAAUGAGCACUUAUUCAGACAAUGGGAGCCAAAUGUACAAUGAUGGGCACUGCUUUACUCUAUACUGAAAAUGUUUUGGUUACAUACUUGAAUUUGUCAUUUCGGUAACUAUGUACUGACCAAUGAGAUAAUGCCUCAGGUGGAAUUUAUAAAGAUUUUAUAAUGUGUACAAUUUUAAUUGUUCAGGCCAAAGGUAUUAAUUUUGUAAAACAAUAUAUGUUUAGGAUGAUUUUUUCACCCUGACAAUUUUCCUACAGAAUUAAAUGCAAAGAGUGAAUUUUA